AUGGAGCCGGGCACCAUCGACAACCUGUCCAUCCUGUACCAGAGCUCCGACUUCAUCGUGGUCAACAAGCACUGGGACAUCCGCAUCGACAGCAAGAUGUAGUACGAGACGCUGACCCUGCAGAGCCAGCUCAAGUAUCCCUUCCCCGAGCCCGACCCCGAAUCUCGCCCUGGUAAGCCCACCCCGCCAGGUCCUGCUUCUGGACGAACGGGUGCCGGGGCUCGGUUUGCAAACUGGCUUUCUGCCCUGCAGGUCAGGGGCCACGUCAGCCAGAGCCGAAUGACGAUCCGCUACGCCAUAGGGAAGAACACCACCGAGGGCAUGACCCACAUGAUGUGCAUCGAUGGGACGGAGGGCUGUGAAAAUCCCAAGCCUUGCCAGUCGGAGCUGAUCGUGCUCGAGCACGGGUCCUACAGCGGAGACCCCGUAACCAAAGUGCUGCUGCAGCCGCUGACAGGGCGGACUCAUCAGCUGCGGGUUCACUGCAGCGCCAUUGGCCACCCCAUCGUGGGGGACUUCACCUACAGCCACAAGAAGGACAGCAGUCCCUAUAGGAUGAUGCUCCAUGCCUACUACCUGCGCAUCCCCACCGGCAAGGAGCUCAUCGAGGUCUGCGCGCCCGACCCCUUCGUCACCACAAUGGACAGCAACUGGGUGCCCCACCACGUCACUCACCGGCUGGAUGAGACCAUCCAAGAGCUGAAGGACAAGAUGAUGCAGAAGGGGGAAGAGGAGGAGGGCCAGGAAGCCGUGCUUGGUGGCGGAGGAGAGGAGGCACUGAGCGAAGCCAAGAGCCCGGAGACGGAGGAGCAGCGAGCCCGGUGCGAGCAGUGGUUGGCCGAGUGGGCUUUGGAGUGAGCACAAGCCACGUCUGCAUUUCCAGCCCAAUGCUCCAUUUUCGUCCCAGUGGGUCUCCACAGAGCCCAGCGCUGACUCCACAUCUGCACAUUCUCUAUGCCGUGGCUUCCCUCACUUCUGGGGCUGGGAUUAGACAGAUUUUAGCAGAGAUUAGGAUGAGUUUAUUUUUUAAUGUACACAUCAUCCAUCCGGGCACCGGAUGCCCCUUUCCUAAUUCUGGGCCUCAGCAGCAGAGUCAGUGUGUCACGUACCAUCUUAGAGUGACCCUAAAGCUUUACGUCCCUGUCCCGGGGCUCAGGCACAGCCGGGACAGCACAGACGCUGCCUUUGCCACGAGCGCGAUGGACGUAUCCGCAAACCCGCAGUGCUAGGAUGCUAAAACGCAGCCCAGCAAAGGGAGAGGAGAACGUGCCGGGUGCAGCUUCCGUGCCCGCGUCCCCAGUUCCCUUCGCUCCAGCCUGCUGUGCUCACCGGCACGCGCGUUGUGCGAGAGGUGGGAGAUCAGGAGGCUGAAGUGCAGCUCGGGAGCACCGACAGCCCUCCUAGUCCCGGGGCGGCCCCGGGUGUUUCGCCCGCGGAGCUGGGCUGUGCGGCGGGCGCAGGAGAGGUCCCCGCCUGCCACCGAGGAUGUGCUGCCUGCCCGUCCCUGCCCUCGCGCUUUCCUCCCUGCCUCAGCCCACGUGUGGUUUGUUUUUUUUUUUAAAGGUUUGUUGGAGGUGAGUGAGUGGAUACGAAUGGAUUUUAAACUUUUUUCAAAUUUCUACGAGAAGAAUCUAGUCUUUUAGCGGUUCUGAAAUACCAGUGGUCUCGGAAAUGCAUGUAUUUUUAGUACUUCUGUGGUCAGAAUAGCCAGCAGCCCAAAGCUUUUUUAAUAGAUCUUACUAUUCUU